AUGAGUAACCAAGGCUUCAAGUAUCAACCCCUUCCUACACCAACAUCAGUUCGUCUGGUCACUUUACUCGACGGUGACUCUGAUAUUUGCGUGUGUGAUGUUCCCCUCAUCCAACUAUCCAUCAAUGUCGUCGAUCUUAAUGAUAGCCCAGCAUUUGUGGCUUUAUCGUACACCUGGGGGUCUCCAUUUCCACCAGAAUCAGAUCAGUCCAAGGCAUAUGGACCCAUGAAUAAUUUCCCGGUCGUCCUCGACGGAGAGAUCUUCUUUGUCACCAAGAAUCUGUAUGAAUUUCUACAGCAGCUGAAGACUGGAGAGCUAGACGUUGACCAACGCACGGAGCCAUACAACAAAACUGGCCUCAUCGAGGCUGCAGAGAAUGGGGAUGAGAAUUAUCUCAUGUUCUGGUUAGGCCGGGGUGCAGACCUUGCGGCGCAGGACGUAUUUGGCGAAACGGCCUUGCACUACGCCGCAGAGAAUGGGCAUUUCGAAAUUGUCAAAACACUAGUUGGGGCUGGUUCAGAUGUACACAUGCGAGAUGGGAAAGGACGUACACCACUCGACUGCGCAAAACUGUGGGAAUGCGGACAGUUUGCGGAGACGAUUGGCUAUUUGGAACGGGCUGAUAUCGACGAGCUGGUCGGCAGCACACCACAACCGCUCUUUCAUAUGGAUAGUCGACGUUUCUGGAUUGAUGCGAUAUGCAUUAACCAGAAUGACAUCCCAGAGCGCAAUGCCCAGGUCGCCAUCAUGUCGAUGAUAUAUACCAAGGCCUCCGGAGUGUUCGUUUGGCUAGGGGUGGAGGAUGAGAGCACCGAGCUUGCGUUUGGCAUGAUACAUUACCCGGAUCAGCCCAGCAUGUGCUUGUGGUAUAGGGAUGUGGCGAAGAGCUGCUCCAUCAAUAGCCCUGCAGAUUCAGUCUCGAAAAAGGGAGCAAGCGAAGCAGCGUUGCAAUACCAGGCUAUUGUGAGGUUCUUUACAAGAAGCUGGUUUACGCGUGUUUGGAUUAUUCAAGAAGUCGCCCUGGCCAAGCAAAUCCGGGUAUUCUGUGGUCGCCAUGAGUUUAUCUACUUCAAGUUAUUUGAGGCGCUUCAUCAUCCUCGGCUUCCAUCCCGCAUCAAUAGGCGGAUUCUUGCCCAGGCAUUGGAACUGGCCCGAUGGAAGGGAUUCGGCGGGAGUGAAUUGAGUAUAUUAACCGACAUCAGGGUGCGAACAUCCAAAUAUGCCUUUGAGCGUUCGAGGGUGAUUCCCUGUCAUGUGCGAGAAGAAGGUAUCUCUCUAGUCCCAACAUGGGAGGAUAAACUCAGUCUUCCACUGUUAGCCAGUCGAGUUUGGUCUUUUCGAGCGACGGACCCGAGGGACAAAGUCUUUGCUUUGAUCGGUGCAUCCCGUUUGUGUGAGGACCCCACGCACAGCAUCGUUGCCGAUUACUCCACGUCCACAGUGGAGGUGUUCACUCGGUUUGGCCAGAUCUUCAUGCAGGGAGCCCCCAAUGAGCCAUUUCAAUCAUGGCAGACAGGCGCGUGUGAGGUUUUCGAACGUCUCGAAGGACUGUCCUUUGUGCAACGAAACCCACAUAGCCCUCACAGUCUCGAUGGCCGAUCUUUGCCAUCAUGGGUCCCUGAUUUCACUGCACCUCUGGUCAGUCCCCGUCUGUGGUCAUCACGUUUCGCGGCAGGUGGUAUCUGCGACAACCGCGAUAUGAUUCUUCCUGGGGAUGAUCCUUGUACCCUGAAGCUGACCGGCACAUUAGUUGAUGAAAUUGAUUACGUGGAAGAAAGUACCGGUGAGGUGACAGAAAUACAAUUUGGCCCGCGAAGCUGGCUACAAUUCAUCGCCGGUCUGGACCUCAAAUAUACUCCGACCGGACAAAGCCGUGUCGAGGCACUCUGGCAGACGUUGAUGGCCGGCUACCUCUCAUUGACAUCAAAGGAUCCCAUUGGCGAUGCCCGAUCCUCCUUCCGCUACUUCAUCCAAAGAGCACUAUGGGCGGACCCGAGCGGGACAAAAGAAGAUAAAACAAAGGACAUCAACCUCGUUCGCGAGUUUGAUGAUUCUAACUCACUGCCAUCUUGGGAAGAAGUUGAGCAAUACGGGGUGGCGCAGGACAGGAUAGGAAAGACUGAUGGAGCAGUGAAGAUCAACAACGGCGACUUUGACCAGGCGUUCACCCAUUUCCACCUAGGACGACUGCUCUACCGAACCAAAAAAGGGUACCUCGGGCUUGGGCCGUGGCAUGUACACCCCGGAGAUGAAGUGUGGGUGAUUUCUGGGACACGAACACCGUUUGUUCUGGGGAAGACGUCAACUCCUGGCUCAGAUACUAAGAGCCGAAGGUUCAUUGGAGAAACGUAUGUGCAUGGAUUAAUGAAUGGUGAAGCUAGUCACGAUGAUCAUGUCUUUGAGCCGAUAUCGCUUGUAUAA